AUGACACCUAGGUCAGAACGUAGCGACGACGUCCAAAAAUACGGAGACAGCGUCACUAAUGGCGACCAAAUUAUAUUUGAACCUUCAACCGAAACGCAAGAUAAAUAUGUAGACAAAAAGGAAAUAUUUGAAGAUGAAGGCAGACGUGAUGAUAAAAUGACUAAACGCCUUAGUAAACCUAACGACAUUGCAAUAGUAAAUUAUGGAAAUCAUGGUGAUGGAAACGAAAAAAAAUCUUGGCAAGAUGAUCAGCGUAAAGAAAAGAAAGAACACCAAAAUAAACAAAAUGAGACCCAAGAAAAGCGAGUACAUAAACAAGUACGAACUGUUAACGAACAAAAUGAAAAGAAUGAGAAGAUAGAUGAAAAACAGAAACAUAGUGAUAAGAAAGUGAUUAAACAGGAAAAUGAAAGUAGAAAGACUAAUGAAGAUGUAAAACAGAAUGAUAGAAAAAAAGUUCAAGAUAAGAAAAGGGAAAAGAAACCACCCAUAGAAUUUACAGUUUUUAUCAAAUGGUACAAUAAAUUUAUCCAAGAAAGAAAUCCACACAAACAUGAUAAUGAUAAGCUAGCAACAGAUCAACUAGGAGUUGCAUGCCAGUCGGGUGAAUUAAGUCAAAAAAGACCGCCUGGCCAAUCAAAUCAGGAAGGUCCAUCAGAACAUUCAGCACAAGCCGAGGAGUCAAGAAUAUUAGAACAGCGCUCAAGAACAUUAGAGCAGCCAAGACUAUCAAGAAAUUUAGGACUACCAGAACAUUCGAGACAACCAGGGAUAUCUAUGCAGUCAAAUCAAACAGAACAACCGUCAGGACAGACCGGCCAGUCAGAUCAACAAGGUCAUCAAGGACAAUCUUGCCAAUUAGGACAACUAGGAGAAGAAGAACAGUCAAUACAACCAGGACAAACAGGCCAAUUGGCAGGUGAACCAGUCACACAGUCCGACCAACCAGCACAAGCUAGACAGUUAGACCAACCAGAACCGUUAGGCCAAUCGGGACAAACAGGGCAAUCAGAACAACAACAACAGUCAGGUCAAGUAGGACCGUCAUGCCAACCAGGACAGACAGGUCAAUCGGGAAAACUAAGACAAAGAGAUCAACAAGAUGAGGUAGGCCAAUCAGAAAAUCCUGCUCAAACAGCAUAUACUGAACUGCCAAGUGAUUCAGGACUGUUACAGCAAUCAGGACAACUAGAACAGUCUGGCCAGUCAAAAACAGAACAGAUAGGACAGCCCGAACAACCAGGUCAAACGGUAGAAUCAGUACAAUUAGAAGAGCUUGGACAAUCAGGCCAAACGGGACUAAUAGACUUGGCAUACCAAUCAGGACAGCCAAUAAAUUCAGGAAAGCCCGAACAAACGAUUCAAUCGGAGCACUUCAGAAAACUCGGACAAUCAGAACAACAAAGACAGACUGACCAACUAGGACUGUCAAUACAGUCAGAGCAGUCAGGAAGCUUAAGUUCCUCUAAAACAAGUAGCAGCAGCUCCACUAGUUAUCCAAGAGGAUCACCAGGUACCUCAGGAUCAUCGAGCAAUCCGUCACAACCAGGAACUCAGCGGGAAACAAGUCAGCCAGGACAACAAGAACUAUCGGGACAACGAAUUCCAUUAAUCAACAAAUUGCCUUUAGAUCUCAUACUUCUUCUGCUUGACAACAUUUCUAAACAGUCCAUUCCCAAUCAGAAUAAAAGAAUUGCUAAAACCCACGCCCAGAAUAACCGAAAUUCACAAUCAACUCAGGCGCAACCAUUGUAA